UUCAUUUACAUUUCAAUUUAUAUUAAAUAUUUAACACAUUAACUUAUUAUGGAUUCUAAGGUUAGAGUUGCCACUCUUCUCUUUAUUUUUGGGUUAAUAAUGAUGGUAGGAAUUGGACAAGUAAAAAAGGUUGAUGCACAAAGGCCAAAUAUAUGCCCACAAAUAUGCUAUGAUAAUUUGGAUUAUAUGACAUGUCCAUCAACAGGAUAUAAGAAGCUUGAGCCCUCAUGCAGCUGUUGUAUGGCUCCUGAAGAUGGUUGUAUUCUUUACUUCACCAAUGGCAAUGAUCCUGAAGUCUGUAAUUAACUAUCAUUAAACUUGUUUUAUGUAAUAAAAAUUAGGAAAAAUUGUCAAAAAUAAUUCAACAUUUUACUCAUGUGCUAUGAAUAAUCUCACCUAUUGAAUAUUUGCUUUCAGCGUACUCGGUGUGAGAAUGGAGGGGUUGGGUUGUGGUGGUUUAGAGGGGAUUGUAGUGGUUCAUAUCAAUGGGUAUACUAGGAGAAAAUACAUGGUAAAGGUUGGAUUAUUAAAUAAUAAUUUAAAUGUGAGAUUAUUUGCAGCGGAUGAGUAGAAAGAAGAAUUAUUUUGGACAAUUUUUUUCUAAUAAUUAAAUAUAAAUGGAUCAAAGUAAUUAAGCUUGAUUGCUUUUUUUCCUAUUAUUAUUAUUAUUAUUAUUAUUAUUAUUAUUAUUAUUAUUAUUAUUAUUAUCAAUAAUCAUAACCAAAAUUAAUUAUGUCACUACUCAAACUAGAUGUAAUGGCAUUG